ACUUGAUCAAAUAUUCAUGAAAAAACGUAUAAAAAGCACUCUUUUACACAGGUUUUGACCCAUUUCCUUCAGUGAUUUCAGUGAUUAAAACACUACAACGAGAUGAGUUUGAGUAACUUCGAUGCGGAGAACGCCGAUAACCUGGAAGAUAUCGAGAAGCAGUUCGCAGUGAAAGCUGUGCACCAGGCUGAGACAUAUUGGACGUUGUUGACCAAGAUACCGGGGUCAAAGAUCAAGCUUACGAAAUACGACGACGAGAUCUACGACAAGCUGCUGGAGGAGUUCCCGGAGUUCAAGGACCCGGACUAUGCGAGAAGCAUCGAUGAAGAGAAGAUGAAGUCGCCGGAGGGUAAGGCCAAGUGGAGAAAGUUCUGCGAUUCCUUCAACAAGAUUGAGGACUAUAACUUUGGUACUCUGUUGAGAACGAGCUCUAGCGACGAGUAUGGUCAAGAAACCACCAUAUUUGUCGUUAGAAUCCAAUUCUACGCUGUUGAGAUAGCAAGAAACAGAGCCGGUUUGAACGAUUGGAUCCUGGGUAAGGAGUAAGUACGUUUUGUAAUGCAUUUUUUUC